GCCGAGGACGCCGCCCGCGCCAACUCGGACCGCUACGCCGUCUACUGGAACCGCAGCAACCCCAGGUUCCAGGCGGGCGCAGUGGAUGGCGGCGGCGGCAGCUACACGGUGGAAGUGAGCAUCAACGACUACCUGGACAUCUACUGCCCGCACUAUGGCGCCCCGCUGCCCCCGGCCGAGCGGAUGGAGCACUAUGUACUGUACAUGGUCAACGGCGAGGGUCACGCCUCCUGCGACCAUCGGCAGCGCGGCUUCAAACGCUGGGAAUGCAACCGACCUGCGGCGCCCGGAGGCCCCCUCAAGUUCUCCGAGAAGUUCCAGCUCUUCACCCCUUUCUCCCUGGGCUUUGAGUUCCGUCCUGGUCAUGAGUACUAUUACAUCUCGGCCACACCCCCGAAUGCCGUGGACCGGCCCUGCCUGAGGCUGAAGGUGUAUGUGAGACCAACCAACGAGAGCUUGUACGAGGCUCCUGAACCCAUCUUCACCAGCAACAACUCCUGCAGCGGCCUGGGCAGCUGCCGCCUCUUCCUCAGCACCGUGCCCGUGCUCUGGACCCUGCUGGGCUCCUAGUGCCGCCCAUCGCCCAGCUGGAUCCGACCCGCCUGGCUGCGGCCCC